UAUAAAGAGGGGCGGUCAGCGACCGUCAGCAGAGAGGUCUCCACGCGAGGACUUAAGUAAGACGUCAUUGUUCCUGUCAGCGGUCAGCAGUUCAGCAGUUCAGUAGUCAGCACAGCCACUCGUGAUUCAUUCUUACGGCGAGAUCACUGCAAGGUGCAGCACCAUGGGCACCGUGUGGGCGGCCGCGGGCGUGGUGGUAAUGCUGGCUCUCACCACCGCCCUCUGCCUUCCCAGUCAGGCCCUCACCCUUCAUUCAACUGGACAUGUCGUGCCCCAGGUGCGGGACUUCAGAAAUACCCUUGAGCCAGCCGACGGCCACAGAGCUGAGCCUCAGCCACCUGUCAGCCACAGAGCCGCCACUGAACCAGACGUGAAGUCUGAGGUGCCUUUGGCAGAGGCAGCAAAGCCUGUGUUGGUGUCCCCCGCCCAGCGUCCAGAGGGCAUGGAGGCAGCACCGGGCCUGUUGCCUGGAAAGCGUCCAGGGCUGCUGAGGCCCGGCCCUAACGGGGACAGCAAUGUAGCCGACGCCGCCACCACUGCCACCACCACCACCACCACCACCACACUGGACCACUUGACGGCCUUCUGCCACGAGGCCUGCAGGGUGGGAGUGGGCGGGCCGGAGUGCAACUGUCCGGGACAUCCCGUAGGAUAGAUCGGAGGCCCUCUGUCGCCGCCCUGGUAGUGACGUGUUGGUGUCUGUUGUAGGUGCAGCAUGAUGUCUCGCUGGGCGACCCUGAGUGGCAUGCUGCUUCUCACCAUCGCCGCCGCCGCCACCACCGUCAUCCAUGACCCAGUCCCGCCCAGCCUUGACGCCAAAGUCGAGCCAGCCCAGCCCCGUUCUGACGCCAGAGUCGACCCAGACCCGCCCCACCCCGACGCUGGAGUGAAACCAGCUCCAACCGUCCCCGAAGCCAGAGAAAAGCCAGCUCCAACCGUCCCCGAAGCCAGAGUGAAGCCAGCUCUACCUCAGCUUGCAGACCAAGGAGCGCUGAGGGCAGACCGCGCCGCCACCACCACAACUAUGGACCCCAUUGACGAGUAUUGUAAAGAGGCGUGCGAGGCGGGCAUCGGGGGAGCGCUGUGCAACUGUCCUGACCAUCCCAUUGGCUACACACAAUUCACUGAAGCUCGUAUUCAGUUCAUGCCUUUUGCUUUGCUGAGGGAGGGUCGUCCUAGGACGCUCACUGGUGUGCGAAUGUCUGGUGUUCCAAAUGCUUCGAAUAGCAUGAGGUCUGGCUGGGUGGCCAUGGGCGGCCUGCUGCUUAUCACUUUCGCUGCAGUCGCCGUAAUGGGGGUUAAAGCAGCUCCGGUUCGGCCAUCCCCGGCUGAUGAAAUGGUUACUGGUGACACCACUACCACCACCACCACCAUGGACCCUCUGGAUGAAUUCUGCCACGAGGCAUGCAAGGCGGGUGUGGGCGGCCCAGAAUGUGGCUGUCCUGACCACCCCAUUGGUAAAGGUGGCGCAAGGCGGCACAUGAAAGAGCCGCCACCACUACCCAGCCGGCGCCACGUACACUCCAGGCGGUGCGGCGGACGUCGCGGCGGAAGACGUGCACCACUGAAGCACUUGUGUGACGUCAAUGGUCUCCUAUAUAAGCUCUACUCGCCGCUACUUCGUCAAACAGUUUUAGUAUCUUCUAAGCUCCAAGCAACCAGUAGUAGCAAUCAGCACAGAUACAGCGCCCACCUGCGGGUCUUCAGCACGGCAAUGUGGCUCCAGGCAGUGGUUGUGGUGAUGAUGGUGAUGCUGGUGAUGCCAGUGUCUCCCCGUCCAUACCAGGCACAGAAAGGAAGUGGUAAGAUAGAGAGUGCCGUUUCCGAGAGCUUGCGGGACAUUGAGGCUGCCUUCCUGGGGAGUUCCAGGAAGAUUGGGGUUGCCAUUGACGAAGCCAUCCAGGAAAAAAUGUCUGAGAAGAAUGCCAAUGGAAAGGCACAAAAAGGUCUGGAGUACACUGCUGCUACCAAUGGUGAGUUCAACAAGAAAGCCUUCAGGAAUGUGCUUGCCAAGAUCUUUGCCAAGAAGCGUGCCAGCGCCAUGAAGGUUAAUGUUGCCUCAGCGCCUGGCAGCCCCAGGGACGACACUGACACCAUCUCCACCACCACCAUGGACCCACUGGACGAGUACUGCAAGGAAGCCUGUGAGGCAGGCGUGGGCGGCCCUGAGUGCGACUGUCCAGACCACCCCAUUGGUUAA